GAGAUUGCUACCGUCAAAUGACAGUUUUAGCUUAGGCUCGUAGUCGUUCGUUCACUCCUUUGGUGGAAGACGUAAACAUGUCGGCGGCAAGAGGAAAGCGCGAGGCAGAAAAUGGACGUUGCAACAUUAAUGUUGUGCAACUGGAAGGCCUGGCCUUGAUGAAAAUCAUCAAACACUGCCAUGAAGAAGGGGCUGGUAAUACUGAGGUAGCACAGGGAGUCUUGUUAGGGCUUGUAGUUGAAGACCGUUUGGAAAUCACCAAUUGUUUCCCUUUCCCUCGACAUGCAGAUGAUGUGGAUGAAGAGGACUACCAGCUGGAGAUGAUGCGUCAUCUAAGAAAGGUUAAUGUGGACCAUCUUAGUGUUGGAUGGUACCAGAGUACACAACUUGGGAAUUUCAUUACUACUCAAUUAUUGGAUUCACAGUUUUCCUACCAAACCAGUAUAGAGAAUCUGUAGUUUUUAAUUUAUGAUCCAAUCAAGACUGCCCGAGGAUUUUUAUCUAUCAAAGCUUAUCGCCUGACACCAGAGGCUAUCAAUACUGUGCAGGAACGUGAUUAUACUCCUGAAGCCUUGAAGAAGAUGCACUUGGGAUACGAGACUUUAUUCCAAGAGAUCCGGCUAGUGAUAAAAAAUUCUCAUCUUCUUAAUACACUGAUGUGUGAACUGUAUGAGAUGAUGCCGAGUAGUGAAGGUAUGCAGUUCCUUGAUCUUGGUACCAUGUCAACACUAGAUCGUCAACUAAGGUGUUUGAUGGAGUAUGUAGAUGACUUAAGUCAGGAAGCUAACAAGUUCAAUAACCCCCUUCCAGCGUCAGAAUGCAAACAGUUACAAGACAAACACAAAUUCAUGCAAAAAAGGGCUGCAGAAAAUGCACAGCGUCAGUCAAGGGGAGAACCACCUCUUCCAGAUGAAGAUAUUAAUAAACAGUUCAAGCCAAUCCCUCCCUUGCCUCGUUUGGAUGCCAUGAUUACAUCAGGGCAGAUUUCUAAUUAUUGCAAACAAAUCUCUCAGUUCUGCUGUCAAUCUCUUGGUAAGCUGUAUGUUGCUAAAGCUUUGCAACAUGAGAAGAAAUAAUUGGAAAUCAUUUAAUGACUGGAUAGAUUUAGAAAAUAUACAUUAAGACAAAUCCAGCAUACACUUUUCUUUUUACACUGGAAAAUUAAAAGAAUCCUCUAU